AGCCGCGGGCUGCCGCUGUGAUUGGCACCCCGAGAAAGAGGAGGAGGAGGAGGCGGAGGAGGAAGGCGCGGAGCACCGCGGGCCCGCCAUCCCGCGGCGGCGGAGCGCGGUGCCCGGGAGGAUGCCGGGGAAGCGGGGCUCGGCGGGCGGCGGCGGCGGCAGCGAGCUCCCGGGGGCCGGCGCGCCGCGGCAGCGCAGGCGGCGCAGGAAGGUCUCCUGCUUCUCCAGCAUCCAGCUCUUCCUGGUGUCCGAGUGCGCGCUGAUGCUGGCCCAGGGCACGGUGGGCGCCUACCUGGUGAGUGUUUUAACCACCUUGGAGCGGCGAUUCAACCUCCAGAGUGCCGACGUGGGCGUCAUUGCCAGCAGCUUCGAGAUCGGCAACCUGGCCCUCAUCCUCUUCGUCAGCUACUUCGGAGCCCGGGGACACCGGCCUCGCUUGAUAGGCUGUGGGGGGAUAGUCAUGGCCUUGGGUGCCCUCCUUUCUGCCUUGCCUGAGUUUCUGACCCACCAGUACGAGUACGAAUCGGGGGAGAUACGCUGGGGAGCCGAAGGGAGGGAUGUGUGUGCUGUCAACGGCUCCAGCAGCGACGAGGGACCAGACCCAGAGCUUAUCUGCAGGAAUAGGACUGCUACCAACAUGAUGUACUUGCUGCUCAUCGGGGCACAGGUCCUCCUGGGCAUUGGUGCUACCCCUGUCCAGCCCCUGGGAGUUUCCUACAUCGAUGACCACGUGAGGCGGAAAGAUUCCUCCCUGUACAUAGGGAUCCUGUUUACGAUGCUGGUAUUUGGACCAGCCUGUGGAUUUAUCUUGGGCUCCUUCUGUACCAAAAUCUAUGUGGAUGCUGUCUUCAUUGACACAAGUAAGCUGGACAUAACCCCGGACGACCCUCGCUGGAUCGGGGCCUGGUGGGGAGGCUUCCUGCUCUGCGGUGCCUUACUCUUCUUCUCGUCGCUGCCCAUGUUCGGCUUCCCGCAGGCGCUGCCGCCGCGGCCGGAGCGCGCCGGGGAGAGCGAGCAGGCCAUGCUGCCUGAGCGCCCCAAGCCCAGCAACGGCGUGCUGCGGCACCCCCUGGAUGGGGACAGCACCUCCUCCUGCUUCCAGCAGCUCAGAGUGAUCCCCAAAGUGACCAAGCACCUGCUGUCCAACCCCGUGUUCACCUGCAUCAUCCUGGCAGCCUGCAUGGAGAUCGCGGUGGUGGCCGGCUUCGCUGCCUUCCUGGGCAAGUACCUGGAGCAGCAGUUCAACCUCACCACCUCCUCUGCCAACCAGCUCCUGGGGAUGACAGCAAUCCCAUGUGCAUGUCUGGGCAUAUUCCUGGGUGGCCUGUUGGUGAAGAAGCUGAGCCUGUCUGCCCUGGGAGCCAUCAGGAUGGCCAUGCUGGUGAACCUGGUGUCCACAGCUUGCUACGUGUCCUUCCUGUUCCUGGGGUGUGACACAGGACCUGUGGCAGGGGUUACUGUUCCCUAUGGAAACAACUCAACUCCAACCUCAUCUCUGGACCCAUAUUCCCCCUGCAAUAACAACUGUGAAUGCCAAACUGAUUCCUUCACUCCAGUGUGUGGGGCAGACGGGGUCACAUACUUAUCUGCCUGCUUUGCUGGCUGCAGCAGCACGAACCUCAGUGGCUGCUCGUGCCUCACCUCGGUCCCUGCCGAAAACGCCACCGUGGUUCCUGGCAAAUGCCCCAGCCCUGGGUGUGAAGAGGCCUUCCUGACAUUCCUGUGUGUGAUGUGUGUCUGCAGCAUGAUCGGGGCCAUGGCACAGACACCCUCAGUCAUCAUCCUCAUCAGAACCGUGAGCCCUGAACUCAAGUCCUACGCUCUGGGGGUGCUGUUCCUGCUGCUCCGGUUGCUAGGUUUUAUCCCACCUCCGCUGAUCUUCGGGGCCGGGAUUGACUCCACGUGUCUGUUCUGGAGCACGUUCUGUGGCGAGCAAGGAGCCUGUGCACUGUAUGACAACGUGGUCUACAGAUACCUGUAUGUCAGCAUUGCUAUUGCCCUCAAGUCCUUUGCAUUCAUCCUCUACACAACCACCUGGCAGUGCUUGAGGAAAAACUAUAAAAGAUACAUCAAGAACCACGAAGGUGGUCUCAGCACUAGUGAGUUUUUUGCCUCUACUCUCACCCUAGACAAUCUGGGGCGGGACUCAGUGCCCCAAAACCAACCACAUAGGACAAAAUUUAUCUAUAACCUUGAAGAUCAUGAGUGGUGUGAAAAUAUGGAGUCUGUUUUAUAGUGACUGUGGAGCUGUGAACUAUAUUAAUAAUACAAGGGUCCUUUUUAAUAAAAACAAGGGGAGAGCACGAGUGGAAGAAGAAGCGACUGCGAAACAGCAACGGCAACACAGGAAACUUUUGUCUUUUUCUCGAAGUCAGACCCAGCCAGGAUUCUUGAGAACAGCAUCUUUUAAUGGGAUCACUUGUGACAUCCUGCGGGGUGAUGGAGAAGGGGGGAGCCCUUGUGGCUGGGUACCAGCCCCUUUGGUGACAGUACGAGCUUCCAAGGAGGGAAUCUGCAGAGGUUCACCCACCGGGGAGUUCGGCACAGGCUCGGGCACGGGUAGAGAAAGCAAGCUGAUAACACAGGGUGAUAACAGCAGGGUGAUAACAGCCAGGUGAUAACAGCAAUAGGUUUGUCCCAGCUGGGAUGGGGCGUGUGGAGCCCUGCAGGGCUGGCCAGGCUGGUGAGCUCCAGCCUGCUGCCAUGGCAGAGAGGGAGCGGUGCUGGAGUCCCUCCGCCAGUCACACUCUGUCACCAGCCACGAGUCCACAAUAAAUACCUUGAAAGCUGCUGGAAACCUUCCCGGUGGCAAGCAGUGCUGUCAGGGGUAUCCAAGUCCUUCCAGCCCAGGCUUAUUCACAGAUUGCAGCUUCGUGGCUGUCUGUGAAUAACUGUGCUCAGAUCUCAAACCCAGUAGAGUUCAAGACAUUUGCUCACACUUGCCAAACGUGCUGUCAUUUUUAAAGGGGGAUGAGUUUCAAAUCCUUAUCUGUGUAGUCCUCUAAUAAGAUGUUUUUUUGAAAUUAUUUUCAAAUCUAUGUUAACCCUUAAAUCGCUGACACUUUUCCAUGAGGAGGAUUUAUUUAUGCCAGUUUGGGUAAAGGAUCCUGUUUAAUUCACCCAAACAUGAUGUGACUCAAGGGGUUUGUUUAAUCCUCUGCAUUUUUUAUCCAUACGCCUUCAUUCUAAUAUGCUACCAAGCCAAUGAAGACACAUAAUAUGUUUUUAAAAAAGAGAAUGAAUGCACUGUGUCUCUAUAAAAACAAUUGUCUGUUGGAGAAUUAUAGAUAAUAUGAUGAUUUACAUAAUAUAGUUUUUUCAUAUUCUAUGUGACUCAGUGAAUACAUAUAUAUGUGGAGAGGCUGUUUAUGUUCUCUCCAGUUUUUAAAGAUAUAUAUAUAUAUAAUUUGCAAUCUAGAAAUUGUGUGGUGGAUGUUUUCUUUAAAGUGUGUGUGUGUGUGUGUGCGUGUGUGUGCGUGUGUGUACAAGAUGAGAGAAAUACUGACCUUAAUCCUUCAACUCUCACAAUUGGUAUUUUAUUUUUCACCUGAGAAAAUCCACUGACUUUCAGUGGGAAGCCAUGUGAGGAAGAUGGAAUAAUCUCUCCUGGUUGCCACAUUUUGUUUGUGCAUGAGGGAAUAGUGUUCCUCUGGAAGGUUGGGUCCUGGGAGCAGAGGCUGGCCAGCAUUGAGCAACUCCAACUUCCAUUCAGCUCCCCACAAAGCUUCCAUGCAGGAGCAGAUUUGGCUUGGCUCUUGCAGUGCAGUCUCACCUAAACCUGCAAAAACCGUGGGGAAACUUUCAUCUGAUUACAAGAAGCGUGGGGGUCAGGCUUAUUUUGUAUGCAUAUUUUUGUUUUCCAAAACAUUCCUGCUGAGAAGCAAUGCAAAUUGGCAGCAUUUGAUGAGUUUUUCCCCAGGAACCAGACUUGUUUCCGAUGGACUAAAUGUCAGAAGGGCUUUAAGGGUUAGCAUCAUAAUUAAAAGUUCCUUUUUUGUGUGAAUUUCGAAGCUGUUGUGAACUUGAGGAUGCUUAGAGGAGUAACCUGGCACGUUGAGCCAAAUGCUGGAUGUCACUUCCAUGCAGGUGGCAGAGGGGCAGCUCUUCCCCAGGUCCUUGUCCAUUGCUGCAGUGGACACCCCAGAGCUGGCACAAUUACAGAGGUCUGGUAACUUGUCACUCAUGUUCAGCACCUUUUUAGCAGACUUUGCUCUUAUCCAGACUUUACAACAUGGGUGUGGGGUGUCAAACUGCUCCCACUUGACUGACUUUACAUGUGUGUUUGCAACUUGUGCACAGAAUUACAUGUUCAGCAACAGUAAGGGCAGAAAAAAAGGGUGUAUCAAAUAAACUCCAUUGUGCCAAAUACUCAACAGAUAUUGUAACUGCAAGUAAUUAAUUGUUUGGUUUCAGCCAUGUUAAGAAUUACUCAAUUGAUGAAGGAGUUUAAGGAAAAAAAAAUUAAGCUAUGCAGUGCCCUUGUUACAUUGGGUAAAUGAUGCUUUUUAGACCAUUACAUUGGUUUAGUAUAUCCUGUCUGCUAAAAUAGAGGUACUGCAUCCAUAAAACAAUUAAUUCAAAAAAGGCACAGGGUGCAUAACUGUCUCAUCAAAUAUAUAUAAUUGUCAAGCAUAAGCCUUUGAAAUCAUUCUGUACAGUUCUCUUCAUUCUGCAGAUUUAUUGCUUAGACUGCUGUCUUUCCAAAUGUUAGCUCAUAAUUUUUAUACUAUACACACACUUUCAGACUCGAACACAAAUGUCACAGAAUAGAACCUUUCUAAAAGCCUGAUUGCUUGAAAUUUCAUAACCCCUUUCACAGCUCCAUGAUUUUCCCCUCUGAAAGACCAAGGUGAAGGAGAAUAGCAUGCUGAUUGAUAUGAUGUAAAACAAACUCCCAGUGUUCAUGAGCUGUGGUUUGUUGGUGCAGUCAAAAGUCCCCCUUGACCGGAGUUAUGGAAACAGGAUUCCUGGGCACAUAACAUUUUCAUCUUUGUUUUUCUUUACUCUUUUCAUUUGAUCUCUUCUCUUAGUAUGUGUGGGAGAUGCAGUUGAAUGGGGUUACUUACAUUAUUUUAAAGCUGUAACUUGAAAAUUCUACAUGAUUGUUAUUUUUUUUUUUGAAAAUGGAACUUUUGAAAAGCUUUUCCCCCAUCCCCCUCUUAUUUUUUUCUUUUUUUUUUUUUUCCUAGGGUUAGGUCUGAUGCCUGCAUUGUGAAGGGCUUUGCUGUCAGUGCUAUGGUACAGAUUUAAAAACAGAGCUUUAGUUUAAAGAAAACACAAACCAAACCCUUCGUCCACACCAGCAGGCAUUUUGCUUUUUUUUUCUGAUUUCAGAACCACAAGCCAUUUUUGCCUGCAACCCAAUUUUUGUUACAGAAUAACAAAUAAAGAGCAUCAGACAUCCUCCUUAUUCCCAAACUGCAUUAUGGGCCUUCACUUGUCAGCACUUCACCUCCAUCCUGCAACUGCCUUAACCAUGCAGGAAACUUAAAAAAACAAGGAUGGAGUUAGAAAAAUGCCCAUUCCCAGGAACAGAAACAAGGGCAUGGUCUGAGCUGUGUGACCCAGAUCCAAUGGUGGAAACUGUUUCUUCAUAUUCAGUUGAAAUUCAGGGGCCUCAGUCUCAGCAGAAAUGUUCUUUUGGCAUUUCCAAGCACUGUGUUCCCCACUUGGCUGUCUGCUAAGGAAUGGGGUGUUUGGAAAAACAAACUACUUGAGAUUCUGCAUUCUCUCUGGGAUUGACCAGUUGCCUUGCAUGAGUUCAGGUUGGAGUUUCCUUUUCCUUGCACAGAUCCCACUUUGGGAUAGUCCCAGUGGAAUCAAAAGGGGACUCCAAUCUAAAAUUGGUGCAGAUGACACUGGAAUCGUUUUCUUUGCAUCCAUGUUAAUAAGGUGAUGCAUUUCCAGAAACUUCUUGUAAUACAUAUAGAAAUCAUCAAUUUUUCUGACUUUGCCCAGCACAUCUUGGAUGUAGAGUGGGACUGAAAAGUCCAUCACUUGAAUUAUCACUUGAAUAUCACAAGCCUUCCACUCUUGGCAGCUCAGCUAACAGGAACCUCCCUUUGCCAUUCCCCUCUGAGAUGCACUAAACUCCUCAGUGCUGCUGCUGUUAAUUGUGCUUGGGUCUCACCUUGCUCAGAAGGUGAGAAGGGAAAGAUGCAGAGAGGAAUUAGCUUCCAUUAUCUGACUUAGCUAUGCUUCAAAAUGCUUCCAAAUUGAACUGAUGGUCUGCAGACAUUUGGAAAGUGAUUGGAGUAUUUCCAAAUGGCUGAGAUGCAUUGACUUCUUUUUCCUUGCAAAAAAAAAUUAAGGGAGUGAAUGUGAUUUGGACCCCCUCCUAUGCCCAUCAGAGAUUUGUGUUCAUCACAUUGCAGUGGAGGCAAUGUGCUUAAAGUUCACCUUUGUGUCUCAGACAAACUCACAUUUUUUAUCACUAAAUGAGGUCCUGGGACAGAGAAAGGCAACUCCAUCUCACAACCAGCAGUUUCACUCCACAGCCAGCCCACAGCAGCCCGAAGCCUACCAGCACUGUGAAGCUUUAGCCCCCAAGUCAGCCACAGCUGUUGCUGCCAUGUGAGAGUUUGUCACAGCUGGGUGUGUUUGGCUUGGUAUUUUCUUCAGACUUUGACAUUCUUGGUGUGAUGUUUGCUUUAUUCUUGGCAGGUGGUGUGGGGAAUUGUCAGUAUAAAAGACACAUGCAAAUGCUUCACUGGACUGAUGUGAUAACAGCUUUGUUUUUUUAUUCACAAGGGUUUCCAGACUUACUCCUGCUCUGCCUUUAAAUGCAGCUGUGCUCAUCUAUCCCCCUAAUUUCAUGUGAACUGUGUUUGCAGACAGGAGCAGGUUUGUUGUUGUUCUCUCUCAAGAUCUGAUUAAUAUGUGCAAAGCUCACCAGCUUCCUGUGCACAGGGCAGAGCACCCCUGAUUACAAGCAAUAAUCCUGACCUGCUCUCAUUUGCAAUAGGGGUUCUGGCUUGUUUUACCUGAAUCUGGGUUCACCUCUCCCAGCAUCCCACACUGUGCUGUGACUCACCUCUUUUGUUGGCAGCCAAGAUAUAAUUGGUGGGAAUAUAGCAGCAGUUUAUUAAGAUGGGAACCUUUGGUGUGAGCCAGAUUCUGAUGGUUGAGACUGAUCUGAGGAGAAAAGGACAGUGCAACUGAGCCACUCUGAAGGGAUUAUCCACCCUUCUGUGCUCCUGGAUAGCCCUACCUCCACCAGACCCAUAGUUUGUGGGUGUUUUCUUCCAAACUGCCCAUCAGCUUCCUUUCUCUGGCCACAGUUCUUCCUUCCCCUGAUGGCAAAGCACAGCUUGGCUAUACCAAGGUAUCCAGAGUUACUGAGAGGUGUUCAAAUGUGCCUGGGAUGCCAGCAGGUCUCACUUAGUUUUACAUAUGUUUAAAAUGUUAUGGUUUGUUCUUCUUAUAUCCCCUAAAUCUAUAACUGCUAGGCUGCAAAUGAUGUUUUCUAUCAUUCCAUUGACAUUUCUAGCCAAUCUAAGUCUUAAUACAAUUGCUUUGUUGAAAAAUGGCCUUUCAGCAGUUCUUAGACAUGAGGUACUUCUUUAUUAACUACUGAUGGCAAGUAAAAUCUUGGGCCAUUGUCUGUUCCCUGAAUUCAGGGCAGCAGAAGGAAGCUGUGCCUGCCCAGAAGCAAUACUGAUGUUUCCUGGGCCAGAGUGUGAACAUGGACUGCUUUUCUUUCAGCUUCAGUCUUGCCUUGGCUGCUUGGCUCUGAGCAUCUCUUGGUGCCAAAUGGACACAGGAAAUUCAGGAGAAGCUUUGUGGACAGAGAAAUCCAUUUGUAGUUUUUUUGUUGUUUUGCUUGUUAAACUUUGCUUCAAUCUGUAUUUUUUAGAUGGAGUGACCCCAGGGAUGGGGUCUUUGGGAUGGAAUGAGUUUGUGAUGUUUCCCCCACUUUAUUCAGAUUAAGUGUGGCAGAGCAGGAUGUCCAACCCUGAGAAAGAAGAGAUUUGUCAUACCCUGAACAGUUUGUAGUGCUAGACUUGUUUUACACAAAGUUGAUGUCUGCAUAUGGCAGAAAGCAAUAAGAAACUUGUCAGCUACAACUCAGCAAAUAAUUUAUAGCAACUUCAUAUAUGAAUUUUCCCAUUUAUUUCUUCCUUGCAAAUUGCUGAGAAAACCAAGAAACUUGUAAAACUCACAGGCCAUGUUUCUGCUCCCUGAGUUCCCUGGGCUGGAAUUUCCUCACCAGUAAAAAUAUUUAGUUCAAAAGUACGUGAUUAGGAAUUGAGUAAGAGGAUCCUUGCUCAGUGCCAGUGGGCUGAGCACUGCUGGACACGCAGUGCUCCAGGACAGCCAAAGUGCUGCCUUCCAACUCAGUCCACUUUCCAGGAAUAUUCUCUGACAGAUCCUUGAAAUUCUCAGCCUCUCCUAGUGUUAAAGCACUCAUUUGAGUAAUUACUGAGAGCAAACACCAGAAGGGUACGAGCCUAGACAAAACCAAAUUGGUACUGAGGUGAAGCAGGCGGUGCAGGUUUUAUUUGCGAUGUUUGUGCAGCUCUUGGAUCAGAAGCAGAAACCUCUCGGGCAUCAAGAGAGUUGCAUGUGGCCUAACAUAUCUUAGUUCUUCCCAAGUGAAUUGCCCAUGGGUGGGACAGUGAAAGGCAUCUUUCCCUGCCAGGGAUAUCUGAGCCCCAAAACCCGUGUGCUCGUGCAGCAGGGCAUCACACAAACGCCGGUGCAUUUACCCCUGGGUGCAAACAGUGCAGUUCUUGGUGCCUCACAACUCUAACUGUGAACUUGAAAGGAAGAAACAGCCCCUGUUCUUCACCUGUGACACUUCCUGCCCUGUCAGAGGAGGAGGAUGAUCCCUCCUGGAGACUCACAGCCGUUUUCCCAAGGUCUCACUGCAGCAGGACCAAGCGGUGCUCUGUGAUCACAGGUGGCCUCUUCCCCUGGGCUUAGCUCAGCUACAGCCCCACGUUGCCUUCACAGUGUUCUGGUGCAAAGCAUGGUGAAGAGGCUGCACAUGACUGCCCCUGACAAGUGCUAAGGGCUGCCAGUGGUCUGUGACCACCAAAGUUUUGGAGUCUCCACAUUAGGUCAUGAAAGCAGCUUCCCUCACCUGCUUUGGGGAAGGAGCCAUCCCAGAGCAGGUUCAGAGGGAAACUGGAGCAGCACUGGGACUGCUCAACAGGAAGCUCUUGGUGCCACAUCUGUAGGGAGGAGGGGGUGGGGUGGAGCAGGGGAAGAGCUGUGACAUUUUAAAACCCAUAGUGCCUACCACUGCAAAUGGAACGCUGUAUUGUAUUAUAUUAUACGUGACUACCAUGUAAAUAAAGUACAAUAAAUGUGGUGUUCGUUAGGAUUUUGAUACAAGUCAAAUGCAGUCUGCAGAAAUGUUUUUUUUCCCUGCUGUAUGUACUUAUAUCACAUUCCAGGCACGGGGACUGUUGGAGUGGUGUGAGCUAGCAAUGCAUAAAUGGCAUUAGAUGGGGCGUGCUUGCAGUCAGGCUAUUUUAAAAUUCCCUUUGCCCCGUGCAGGUGAGACACGAGCACCAUCUGAAAUCAGGGGGAGGUGGUGGGGCAGUUUACACAGGCAGGAGGAGAGCAGCUCUUGGUGUGGUCAAUGAGCAGGAGAGACUGCCCAGCCAGUCCUCGUGGUGGAGCAGCAGCGAGGUCUCAGUGGCUGGUCUCUCUUUGCUUGUUUUCCUGCUGCAGAGGUCAACAGCAGCACAUGCUCUGCCUGUGUAACCUGGUUAUUCCCCACCCCUGACAGCCCUUAGUGGCAGCUACAUAUGAGCAAACUCAAGAGCUUCAGAUUCAAAGCAGGUUGGGAAAGAAGUUCUGUUCCUGACCAGCUGGCUCCUCUGUCUCUGGCACAGAUUGAGGGGCUUGGGGUUCUGACUAGUAAGAAUAUUAGGAACCUACUUUGUUCCUUCAUCCACUCCCUUAUCCAUCCUUCUCUUUCUCCAUAGAGUAAAUGAAAAGAAUACAUUUUCAGGAGGCAGGCCUGCCAUGUCUCCAUGCCCUCCAAAUCCUGAUGCAUCUCUUAACUGGGUUGUUGGUGGGAGUUUCUCCAGGCUUCAGAAGCUCAGGACUUCUCUGACAAGUGUUUGCAGCUGGUGUGUGGAUGUGAUCCUCCAUCAGUGCACAGAAGGUGCUUCCACACUGAUUAUUGCCUUGCUAGAGGACAAGACCACCCCAAGUUUUGUCAUACCUGUGGCUUGAAACUCACCUGCAGAGCUCUGUGCAGGGUCCACUGGAGGAGUAUUGACCUGUCUCUGUACCGGACCAGUCCGUGGUGUUUGUCCCUCAGACCAUCGCUGUCCUUCACAGUCACCUGGCCAGAGCAGCAUUUGUAGGUUGUGGAGAGGGUCCUUCCUGCUCAGAACAUCUCCACAAAUAGUCUGGAGCACUGUGUGGGAUGAGCCAAGUGCCACUGCCCUUCUCGGGCUGGGGGCUCUCCUGCAGUGCCCAAGGAAAAGUGGUCCUCAGAAAAGUCUUUGAACUGUGCUGGUAACUUGACUGCUGGUAAUUUUUCAGAUGUUUAGCAGUACUUCCAAAAUAAGCCAAAACCUGGUUUGGAAAAGGAAACGUAUCACUGUACAAUUGACUUUAAAAAUAAAUUAAAAAAAAAAAGAGAAGCCACAUGCUCAAUAUGAGUACUGUGUUCUGUAUUUUUGCAGCUUAUAUUUUCCAGAUGAGCAGUUUAGAAAUAUGUGAUGUGAAAUACAUACUGUAAGUUUGCUGUAAAUGAUAUUAAAAACACUAUUUUCAUUCUU